UAAAAACCGCAAACAACAGGGACUAAACUGCAUACCCCGAAGGAUCAUUGUUCGCUGACGCCGCCUCCUUUGGUCCUUCCUCUCCUCCCUUCCCCUCCGCCGCGAUCGAUCCCAAGAGCACGAAACCCUAGCCCUAGCCCUAGCCCCACCCAUCUUCUCCAUGGCCAACAGCAACCUCCCCCGCCGUAUCAUCAAGGAGACGCAGCGGCUGCUCAGCGAGCCAGCUCCUGGGAUCAGUGCUUCACCAUCAGAGGAGAACAUGCGCUACUUCAAUGUCAUGAUCCUUGGCCCAACUCAGUCGCCAUAUGAAGGAGGAGUAUUCAAACUUGAGUUGUUUUUACCUGAAGAAUAUCCAAUGGCUCCGCCAAAGGUUCGCUUUCUCACAAAAAUUUACCAUCCAAACAUUGACAAGGUAAGUUCGUUAUAUUCUGACCCCUUAUAUACGUUAGUAAGUUAUACUAUUUUUCUUAAUAUGUACAUUAUACAGCUUGGGAGGAUAUGUCUUGAUAUCUUAAAGGACAAGUGGAGUCCUGCCCUUCAGAUCCGAACAGUUCUUUUGAGUAUUCAAGCACUCCUCAGCGCUCCAAAUCCUGACGAUCCGCUUGCUGACAAUGUGGCAAAGCACUGGAAGGCCAACGAAACAGAAGCUGUGGAAACAGCCAAAGAGUGGACCCGUGUCUAUGCUAAUGAUGCAUGAGCUCUGCAUGCUAUGACUGAUUGCUCAGUAGUCUUGGAAAGGUGAGGUGAAAUCGACUAUCAAGUGGUUUAAAAUGGAGGUCCAACUGAUGAACUAGUGAAAUGUGAAGUUUCCUCCUUGCAUCGCGUGUACCGAGUGUGAUGUAUAUUAUUACCCUAGUUGGGAUGCGAUGGACCCAUGUGCGUGUAUAUUUCGUCGAGUGUUGUACCGUAAUAAACAUCCUGAAGUUAUGUGUGCCUUCUCUUGCUCUACAUUAACUUCUUGGCCUUUCCUGGUUUGUUUUUAUGAAGUGUUUGAGAAUUUGUUGCA